AUGGCCCCGAAAUCGAACGUGUCCUACGCGAAACACACCCUACCAUAUCCUAUCUAUGCUGCCGACUGGGAUCCAUACAAUCGAGGAUACCUGAUCGUUGCGGGAGGCGGAGGAGAGGGUCGCAGUGGAUCCGUCCUCGACGUGAGCAACCGCGCCGCGAUUUCCACCGUUGCCGAUGUCGAUUUGUCCCGGGAAGAGGAUUCGAUAUCCUCAGUCGCAAAUCUCGCUACUAAGGAUGGCUUGAUUACCCUCGCUGGAAUCAACUCUUCGCAGGCCGAUCAGGACGUCGGCAAGAACGAACAUUUCCGCGCCUUUGGCAUCCGAUACCCUCCGCGUAAGAAGCAGAAGACAGAGGAUGAGAAGAGCGAGCCAGUCAAGGGCAACAUCACGUUGUUGGGGAAGAGAUCACUGUUCGCAAAGUCUACGGCGCCGAAGAAAGAGACGUACCAACGAUUACUGCGGCUAUCGCCUGUACAAAAGAGAGAUGCGCCUGCGAAGCGAAUCGGAGCGAUCGCAACGGGUCUUGCGAAGGACUCCGAGGUGAUUGUGUUCAAUGCGACUGUGGCCAUUCCGGAGGAUCGAGACAUUGUCACGAGAAUCGCUCUGCCGGAGAAGGCUGAGGCCGCCGAUCUGGAUAUCGCUGUGACACCUGAAUCCGACUUCAGCAUUGCAUACUGCGACGACCACAACAUCUAUGAGCAGACAUAUCGAUAUGACUUCAAUAAGAAGAAGGCUGAGAAACGUCCUGUCGGUCCCAGACGAGCGUACCAGAUGCCUGUGCCCGAAGGAUUUCAGGACCCUAGGAGCCGUCCAAAGUUCCGGUGCCUACGAUUUCUCAACGCAGAAAAUGUGGUCGCAUUGGUAAACAAGCCAAAUAAAGGAGGCGCGGAAUUGCGCGUGUACCAUCUUUAUCCUACUGGACCGGCUAUGGAGCUCAUGGUGAAGACUCUGCCUCGGCGUAUCAAGCAGGCAUCGAGUAUUGAUGUUUGCGCUUUUGAUGCUGAUAAGAACGGCAAUCAACAAUUUGCCGUUGCCGUAGCAGGGCAAGACAUCAGCAUCGAGAUCUAUACCACCAACUACCAAAGCGCGACGGACACCUUCUCUGGUAUGCACAGCUAUCUUACUCUGUCAGAAGUCCACGGCCAACAGAUGACCAAGAUCGUGUGGUCGCCCUUCUUUUCGCCGCCUCGAGCCACUGCCACUGUCCACCCAGGCCCUCAGUACGCACGUUUGGCAUCAGUCAGCUACGGCAACACCGUGGUAAUUGACACCUUCCCGUUGAAGCCCUUGGAACCACAGAACAAGGACUCUCGUUACGUUCUCAGCCAUCCGAAGGAGGAACGAUUAUGGAAGCUGGCAUACAUUGCGAUCAUUACCGUCAUCGUGGUCAUGGUCGCAAUGGUUCUCGCGACCUUCACAGCAGACAUUGCCGAAAACCCGACUGCCAUGCGCUUCCUCCCUCCUGGCGCCAGACAAUAUCUCGUCCCUUCAAAAGAUCCGAUAACCUCUACCCUCACACAAACCCUAACUAGGACCGUUCAGCGCGUCUCACCUCCGACAGACGUCCUCCGCAACGCCAUUGACGAACACCACGCCGACCCCGAAGCCAUUGAAGCCACCGCCAUCGUCGUAAGUGACGGCGCCGGUGGGGAAGGCGUCAAAGUCGAUAUCAACCCCGAUAAGGCGGGCUACCUCGAGCAGGACCCGCACGCAAAACACUGGCACGAACUGGACGACAAGCAAAAAUCGUACUGGAAGGAGAAACUGAAGGCCGCGGGCCAAUGGGCGGAGCAUGAGGGCGAGAGUGUGCUUAAGGGCGUGCUUUGGAGUACCUAUGCUCAGGUCGCGGCGGAGGUGAUUCGGGAGUUGUGA